AUGGCCCAACCUACUCGAUCAAUAGCAUCAUUUCCAUACCUGGGCGGGGCAGGCUCGCUUCGUCGACUAUUCGAACAAACCACUCCAGGAUUCAACACACUGCAGUCGUUCUUUUCAAAAUGGUUGAAAUUGGAUAUAACAACAUUGGCCAUGGCGCUGACUGUCUUUGGCGCCAUCAGCACAGGAAGCCAGCACCUCAAAGGUCUGGCCUAUGAGGUGUACAACUGGAUCGUCAGGUUCUUUACCGCGUCUGUGUCGAUUCCCGGUAGCGACCGCCUGAAUCGUGAGGUCUUGAACUGGAUUGGGGCCAAGGUGCUCGUACGGCAGCAGACUCGCAUUUUGACUGCAAGUUCCGAGCCUAUUCAGAAUGACGCCUGGGAAUUUAGAAGAGCGGCCAUUCGAAGGAUUGACUACCACCAAGAGAAACGGCUGCCCAUACAAUAUCUUCCUACAUUUGGCAUCACCUGGUUCUUCCAUGAUCACAAAAUCUUCCUUGUUCGUCGCAUAGCGGAUCCAAGGUCUGCUAUGCGCAGCUUCCACAUGUCGGCCGACUCUGCUGAUCAGUAUGUUGUGCCUCCAGCCGGCCACGAGCCGCUGGUCGUCAUGUGCCUAGGCAGGUCUGUCCAACCCAUCAAAAGGUUUCUCAACACAUGUCGUGACUUUGCCGACAAGCAACGUGAGGCUUUCGUCACAGUCCACGCGUCAAGAAAUCUUUUCCACCGAGAAGGUUGGGAUACGACAAUACUACGACCGAUUCGGCCUCUCGAGACUGUUCAUAUGGACAAAAAGACUAAAGAUGAGCUCGUCCUCGACAUUGACAACUAUCUUAAGCCAGCCACUAGACGCUUCUACACAAACCGUGGCAUUCCUUAUCGCCGAGGCUAUCUGCUCCAUGGCCCCCCAGGGACUGGCAAGACUUCACUAUCAAUCGCGCUUGCCGGACGCUUUGGCCUUGAUCUAUUCAUGAUCAAUAUUCCAACUGUGAGCCAGGACAUUGACUUGGACAGGCUAUUCACAUCCCUGCCACCACAAUGUAUUGUCCUUCUCGAAGACAUCGAUGCUGUUGGAAUAAAACGUACCCGAGAGCUUCCCGAUAUUCCCUUGGAAGUCAAGGAUCCCAAGGAGAUUCGAAAGGUCGGCGGGCAGCUACGCCCUGGCCGUGUCACUCUGUCUGGUCUGUUGAAUGUUUUGGAUGGCGUGACGAGCCAGGAAGGGCGGAUUGUUUUGAUGACCUCCAACUUUGCGGAUGCACUCGACGACGCUUUGGUCCGGCCUGGGCGGAUUGACAAAAUAAUCUUCAUGGGCAACAUCAGCAAAGAUGCCGCGGAGGAGAUGUUUCUGCGCUUUUAUGCCCCCGAACCCAAUGAUGAGCCCAACAUGGCAGAACCUUGUGCCAAGAUCAGCAGCGAACAGCUCCAAACAUUGGCAAUCGAAUUCAAGUCGCAAGUACCCGCCGAUACGUUGACGCCAGCACAGCUGCAGGGGUUUCUAUUGAAUCACAGGCACCACCCUGAAACCGCUGUUUCCAUGUUCCAGUCAUGGAUCAUGGACGAAACAGCUCUCAUGGACAACACACGAGAGAUAGAGACCGGAGGUGACAAGCUCAAAGCAUCCACAACAGGUGAUGACAUUGGGGCACCUGAGAAAGCUUGUCAUCCCGUAGGAGGCUAG